CGUACUCCUCCCAUACGAAUCAUUUGGCUUCGUAACCUUGAUUACCCCAGCGAACAAACAAUAUGGUAGGCUCAUAACAAUUUUAAUUUUUUUCAUUUUAACCGCUUUCAUUGUCGAAUUUUGAAAUUCCGCUAAAUUUGGAAAAUUACGCGAUGUAUAUAGUGCCGGAUCAUAAUGGCUGAAGGAGGAAAUUAUUCAUUUUUCAACCAUAAUCUACGCACAACCGCAACGAAGCAAUCGUUUGAACGACCAAAGCUUCUUCACCAAAGGCAGUCUCAAUCAGCUGGAAAUAUAUUCCAGUCAUCAUCAUCACACAACGAUACGCCAUUAUUAGUCAAAGAAGCAAGUGCUCAAAACGUGAAAUUCGCCCCACAUCCUCCCACUUCUCCUCGCUCUAAUUCGCGACCUGCCGGCGAAGUGAGUCCUCGUGUAGCGGCGUUGAAUUCAAAAGGAAUCAAAAGAACUCGCAAUGAAUCAACCAGAAACUCUGCGUCGGGAUCAGAAGACGAAAGGAGAAGUCAUAAACAUGUUGCGAAUGUUGCGCUAGAUCCGUUACCUUUGAAACGUAGAGGUAGCACGGGAAGUUUGGAUAGCAUUGGUUCUAGUGAAUCUUUAGGAAGCCCUCGCGAUAGGAAUCGAAGUAUUAAUCGCAAUCUUAGGGGAAUAGAACCUCUGAAAGAUAUCGGAUCAGAAAAGGAUCUCGUUCAUAGCUUUAAAUCUAAUCAGAAUAACGCUAAAAACAACGAUUUUGCUAAGAAGGUUUUGAAAAAGAAUGUUGUUCAUCCUUUGAGAGUUGAGCCACAACAAGUUCUGUCAACGGGUGACAGCUCAACACAGACAGAAUCUACAUGGAUUCAUUCAAAAUCCGAGCAAUCAAUUGAAGUGAAAAACGAGACCCCUGCAGAAGAUGAAAUUACAUUGUCCUCUUCAAAUGACAGCUUAACCAGUGUAAGUGACAGUGAAGAAAAUUCACUAAGUGUGAGUGAUGCUGAAGGAAAAUCGGAUGGCAAGGGAAACCACAGACACCCCAACUCCACUCUUCCAACACUACCUGAUCAAUUGAAUGCAAAAAGGGAAGGAGUUGCCUCAGCUGAUUUGUAUGAGAGUGUGACUAUCAAGGCGAGUAAUCAUCGUGAAAAUGAUCCAACUAAGCAAGGCCUUGGAAGAACUCUAAAGGCAAAUUCAUCAGGAUUAUACGAGAAUAUACAUCCUAAUGAAGAAAAUCAGGAUAAGAUUCAGCAUAACUCUGCUUCUGAUCUACGACAACUGAGUAAGGCAUUAGAGCAGGUAGCCACUAAUGAAAGGUGUUCAUCAGAAACAGACUUGUCAAAUUGGCCCACUGGAGAAUUCUUAAGUAGUGCAACAUCAAUGGUACUUCCACGUGUCUCAGCAAGAAGGGCACGGACGAGAAGUGGCAACUUUUUAAAGGAGGAAAUGGAACGCUAUUUGCCUGAUAGAAAAAUUGGAAUAUUUGUUGCUACUUGGAAUAUGCAUGAGGAAAAGGAAGUUCCGUUUUACUUAGACGACUUUCUAAUCCCAGACUCAACUGACUUUUUACAAGAUCUUUAUGUCAUAGGCUUGCAAGAAAGUACAUCGCAGCGAAAAGAAUGGGAGAUCCGUCUUCAAGAAACCCUAGGCCCAUCACAUGUAUUGAUGUACUCCUGCUCAUUUGGUUUGCUGCAUUUGGCAAUUUUCAUCAGAAGAGAACUUGUCUGGUUUUGUUCUGCUGUUAGUGAAGAUAGUGUGUCUACUCGAGUGGGACAUAUGAUAAAAACCAAGGGAGCACUGGCAGUUUCAUUCAGCAUUUUUGGAACGUCAUUCCUUUUUAUUGAUUCUCACUUUACCUCUGAUGAGGGAAAAGUUCUAGACCGUGUGAAUGAUUACAAGACAAUCUGCAAGUCUCUGUCACUAUCACCUGAGAAUCAGCCAGAUAGAACUAAUGAGUCAGACUUGACAGCCAACUUUGAUCGAGUAUUUUGGUUGGGAGAUUUUAACUUCAGGGUGACUCUUGGUAGAUCAGAAGUGGAUGAGAUGCUUGAGAAAUAUAAAGAUCAGGAAAACCCUGAGUUUAAAGAUUUGUUAGCAAAGGAUCAGCUACUAGACCUACGCGAGCAAGGAAAAGUGUUUGUUGGGUUCACGGAACCGCCCAUCAGAUUUCUACCAAGUUACAAGCAUGACAUACAGAGUGACGACUAUGACUCAUCUUCGAAGAACAGAACUCCAUCUUGGACGGAUCGUGUUCUUUAUCGCAGUAAGGAUCCCUCAAGUAUCCAACCUGUCAUGUACAACAGCUGUGUUUCAGUCAAAACUUCAGAUCACAGGCCCGUGUUUGGUAUUUAUCAAGUAAAACUCAACCCUUGUGGGGAAAAUAUCCCUUUGACUGGCGGCCAGUUUACGCGAGAUGUUUAUAUUGAAGCCAAUCGCAGGCGAUCGCUUGGGCCCAAGUCUCAAGGUCAAAGUUCUGUAUGUGUCAUCCUUUGACCGUCAAGAACCCAAGUCUGCGUUCAGGAGGCAACGUCAAAAAGCCAGUGGGUCACAUCUGGGUCCGCAACAUACAGGUGCGACCCGUAAAUUGCUAUAGGCUAUAGCAAAAUGCUAACAAAUGGCAGAAAAAAGCAUCUGAUAUAAUGCAUACGAUUAUAUUUUAUUGCGUUGUAUAUCUUGUAAAAAGAUCUAUUUAAACAGAAAAUUCGUUCAAUCCAUUGGCUUGCCCUUGCUUAUUUAUGUUACACGUACAUGUCGGAAGGAUUAGAUGUUCAUAUUUUAAUAGUCUUAACGGCUUCUUUCCCUCGAUUUGUUUGAGUGGUAAUAAAAUAAUGACAAACGAA